AUGGACAUUUUUUGCUCCCAUGCCAGCACAAAAUGGAGAGACUGGGCCAAACUAUGUACAGAUCUUGCGAAGGAAAUCUCCAAUCGGCUACUCACCUUUGACAUUGCAGACUACAUCCGCUUUCGGGCAACUUGCAAGCCAUGGCGUGACUUCACUGAUGACCCCCGCACAUGUGAUGCGAUGGACAUCCGCUUUCGCCCACGCAACUGGAUCACGCUCGCUCACUGUGCAUCCCCGUCACGUCGUACCCUUCUCAAUGUCACCACCGGUGCCCGUACCAACAUUGACUUCCCGGAUCUAGACACCCACCAUUUCCUCAGCACGGCCGACGGCCUCCUUGUCCUUGGCCAUAAGCGCACUAAUACCAUUCGUCUUCUCCACCCAUUCACCGGUAAGACCACUGAGUUCCCUUCACAUUGCGCACCAUCCACAUCGAAUAGGCACCUCCGAGUGAACUUAUCUGCCAUCAACGGUGCUGGCAUCGAUGACUCAACUAUUCCUAGUACGCUCGUUAUUAGCCUGAGAAAUGGUUUGCGUCAAGUUAUUUGUGCCAAGCCUAGCGACAAGCUUUGGGCUUUUGUGCAAGCUAUCGACCAACGCUCGGCUAGCUUUCUUGACAAGGUUAGAGGCCAUUCACCGCUGACCUUUGGAGGGCGAUGCUACUUCACGACAUCGGACGACAUGAUAAUCGCAUUGGAUUUGACUCCUGGGGUUGAACCUCAUAUGGUUUGCCUCCUCGAUAAAGACCCACAGUUGGUGAACCAUCAUGAAACAAUAGUUUACCCCUAUCUUGGUAGGUCCCAUGAUCGAAUGCUCAUCGUGAGGUACCUCUUCGGUAGGAACCUUCUCCAGGAAGGUGGAUACAAUGAAGAAGAUAUAUUCAUGUGGCAAGAUUGCCCAUCCCAUAUGGAGGUGCUUGAAGUGGACCUCCCUAGGAGGAGAUUGGUGACACAACAUGGAAUUGGUAGCCAUUGUGCAGCAUUCGUUGGCGCAUCUCACACAGUCAUGGUAUCCACUGAGAAAUUCCCUCGGAUCAUUUCCAAUGCGGUGUACCUCAACUAUCAUAUGCAAGGAAUAUUUCGUCAUUUUGCUGCCUACUGCUUUGAAGAUAAGACAACUAUAUCCGCAAAACACUUUCUCAAUCGUUGA